UGCAGGCGGCGCGUGCUCGGUUGGAAAGAGUGACCGCAGAAGCAACUGGAGGAAACAGCGGACACGGACGGACGCCCUCGCUCGUCUUCCCUUUGUGUCUAGCGGCUGGCUCCAAAUGGCAACGACAGCGGACGACCAGCGGGAACUGGCGGAUGUCGCUGCACUGGCCACGCACCACGGCUGCCACCACCACAACAGUAACAACAACAACAACAACAACAAUAAUAAUAAUAACAACAAAGACAGCGAGGCGGGAGAGACCGCGACCUCAGCCCCCGCUAGCACGACCGAACCGGGCGGAACGGCGACGCAAAGCGUCGGCAACUGCUCCGUCAUAAACCCCACCGGGGGGAAUAACGGGAAGUGGGUUCGCCUGAACGUCGGCGGUACCGUGUUCCUCACGACGCGACAGACCCUCUUAAAAGAGCAAACUUCUUUUCUGUACCGGCUCUGCCAGCAACAGGACCUGCACUCCGACACGGAUGAGACUGGAGCCUACGUGAUCGACAGAGACCCCACCUACUUUGGUCCCAUCCUGAACUACCUACGACAUGGCAAACUGGUCUACAACAAGGAGUUGGCUGAAGAAGGUGUCCUAGAGGAGGCAGAAUUUUAUAACAUCACCCCUCUGAUCAAACUCAUCAAAGAGAGGAUUGUGGAAAGAGACUCUAAAGCCACACAGCAGGUGCCCCCCAAGCAUGUGUACCGGGUGUUGCAGUGCCAGGAGGAGGAGCUGACCCAGAUGGUUUCCACAAUGUCGGACGGCUGGAAGUUUGAGCAGGUCAGCGUGCGCACCUGCAGAAAGCCCCGCACCGGACUGCUCUGGACUAUGGUGAACAUUGGCUCAUCAUACAGCUAUGGAACAGAAGACCAGGCUGAGUUCCUGUGUGUUGUAUCCAAGGAGCUUCACACUCCUGGAUCAGGACUGGGCACAGAGCAGAGCCACAAAACCAAGCUGGCGGAUAUGCAGGAGGAGGAGGCAGCGAAAGAGGAGGAGGAAGAGGGAGGGAGAGAUACCACACCAAAUGAGUGGCUUAGAGAAUGAAGGAGUCAUGUUUCUUUGUUCCAAAGAGAUGCGGGAAUGGCUUUUCCAGCUCCAUGGGUCACGGAUGUAGAAACCACAAAUAUGUUUUUGGUUUUUUUGUUUUGUUUUUUUGUUGGUUUUUUUUGUUUUUGUUUUUAGUCUUAUUAUGAUGUCUAUAUGUGUAUGCGUGUUUUGCAGAAAAUGGACAGCCACCAAAACAGAUUUGUAGCAUAGUUUCAAACAUUAUCCAAGACAAAAAAGCUGAAAAUUACAGUUUGUCACAGCAAUAUCUUCAUUUUCUGUUGAAUUAUAUUAUGGUAGGGUAAACUAUGGUAGGCUGGUAGUGAAUCUUAGUAAAUGUAACCAAAGAUUCAGAUUAAAGCUGACUGAGCUAAGGUGCUGAACAAAAAAUAUCUGUCAAAAUUCUGUUUUUACAACUGGACCAACACUUAGUAAUGCACUAACAUACACACAUAUUCACCUUGAGGCAAUGUGCAUUCAGCUGCAGCGCGCCAUUUCCAUCCACCACCCUGGCAGAGAUUCAGAGAAUUUGGCUCCAGAUGAUACAAUGAUGUUUGCACGAGUCAGAAGUUAUUUUACCAGAGUCAGAAACAAACUACAGAAAAUGAGAGAGGAGUGUGGAGGGCAUAUAAAGCUUAUUAUAGUCCAAGUGAGAAAUUGACAGGACUUAAAGAGAUAAUUUCUCUUCCUGACCUUUACCAAACCAGCUUUUAGCGACAGCAUCAUAGAUCAAAAUACAUCUCCUCACACAAGUCUGUGGCUCAGGCCCUGGGUCACCUUUUCUCUUUUUCUAUAUGUUGAAUGAAAUAAAUGCUGAACAAAAAGUCAUUUAUAGGUGUCAUUUAACAAAUACACUUUUACCAUAUGACAGAACUGUGCACCUGUAGCUGAAUGCUGGAAAAAUAAUUAAAAUUCAGGGCAACUACAUGUUAUCAGCAAAGUAGUAAAAUGUAUGUAUCUAAUCUAGAAAAAUCUAAAGGAAUUCAGUGUAAUGCUAUAGCUUUUCAGAAACAAAUGCUACCAAAUAAAAAUUAAAAUACAUUAUAGAAUAGAUUCUAACAUAAAGAAGGGCAGACUUUUCAGUUGUUUUUAUUCUGAAGGAAUAAAUAACCUCACUUAGUCUGCAGAAAAAGCAGCCAAAUUGUCAUAAAAACACUGUAAAUAAAAUAACAUAAAAAUAAAAAAAUAAAAAAGGCCACCUAGUUAGAUUGGAAUAGUAUGUUCAGUUUAGCACAUGCUAAAUACUACAUGGCAAAAGUAUGGGACAUUUGGAUGCACUAAAUUUGGGUUGUUUCCUUUGUAUACAGCUCUGGAAA